AUGUCGUUCUGGUCUUCGGCAAGAAAUCCUGUUGCGGCUGCGACUGUUCUCUUAGAUAUUGGUCAAGCAUUGUCCGAGCUGGAUGGGGGAGGGGAACUAGUGAAGGAACACUCGAUUUUCCUGGAGAAGCUGAAGAACACAUUGAAAGCUGUCGAUGAGGCUAUGAAGGAAGGUCUUAUUCCCCAGGAUCUUCAGGAUGAUAUUGCAGCAAUAUGGAAACCUCUUCUUGAGACGGAAGUGGAAAUGGUGUCCUUCAUGGGACUGGACGAACACCUCGUUAAAACCGAGAACAUGAAGUCUGUCACCUCCAAAUUUUACAUGAAGCUCAUAUACCACCAGCGCUUCUCCAGCAAGAUUACAAGGCUACAAAAUGAAGUUAUAAUACCGCUUUCGGGCCUUCAUAGGAGUGUUACGAUCAAAUUUUCCCAGGACCUUUCUGGAUCCUGGAAAACAUUCAAGAGAUGGGCGACUGAAAGCAAGCGUUGUAUUGACAAGAGACUGGUGAACGAGACCAAGAUAUGGUUGUGGUCUCUAUCUUCGGCCGAAGAGAAAUAUCAGGCGUAUGUCGACAACAUCUCCUCGUCGAACUGCGAGUGGUUCUACUCCAAGCAAGAGUAUAUCGAUUGGCAUAAUCAUCUUUCGAAGAAAAGCUCUCCGAUAUUGUGGAUCUCUGGUAUUCCUAGAGUGGGAAGAACGCAGAUUGCAGUAAACGUCGUUCAGAAGCUCCGCAAAGAUAGGCGUACGGUGGCUUAUGUCUUCUAUGGUAGGAAAAAACACACCGAGACGGUUGGUGCCCGACAACUCAUUGGCAACACCGAGACGGUUGAUGCCCGACAACUCAUUGGCACACUUUGUUGGAACCUUCUCAAUCAAUUUCCAGAGGAUGUCGAGCUGCUAUCAAAGGUUUGCAACAAAGAUGGCGAGCCCACCGAAACUGAGAUCCAGACUUUUCUCAAGCGUAUGUGUCAAAGAAGAGACGCGAUAAUACUUCUGGACGGUUUGGAUGAGUGUUCUCUGGAUGAGAACGAGAGAGGAAAGCUCUGCCAGUUCCUCGCCUCAUCAAAUGACGUCUGUGAUGUCAUCAUCUUCAGCAAGGAGCUUGAAGAUGUUAAGCGGAGUCUAUCAGAACACGAUUCAAUCCCUCGUAUCAGUAAUUGCGAAGUCGAUUUCUGGAAUGAGAUAGAGAGAAUUUCCACGCGAUGUGCUGCAAGAUUUGGAUCACCGGAAGAGAAAGAGCAGAGGGGGAUAGAUGCCGAGGUCAGAUCAUGUGAGGUUAUCAAAGAGCAUGAAAAACGAUUUCCUGGGUCAAGGGAAGAUCAAUUUGAGGUAUAUGCAAUGCUGCGGCACCGAAUAUGUAAAUCGCGCCUACCAGCCCAUAUUGCUCGACAGAUUAUUGAUGAAGCCGAAUACUGGAUUAAAUCAACCUUUGAGCGCGGUGAACCACUUGUUGUCAACGGAGAGAAGACCAAGAGAAACGUCCCCUACCUUCUCAGUAAUCCUAUUGAUGGUGCGCGGCACUUUCCUGUCCGCAAUGUCAUCGCCACCUGCCGUCGUGACCAAGUAUGGAGUGCAUACCCAGACCAAUACGGCAGUUACCAAAGGUCAAGCACAUAUUUCGAUUUCGUUGUACGGACUCCCGACGGAUCGAUACGCGCCCUCGAUAUUGAGCAAGAUGUUGGCUGGGAUGACAUAGAACAAUACGUAGGGAGGCCGUGGUGGUCCAUCCCUAUUAGGAAAAUGCCAUACAAUGAACGAACGUCUUGGAUGUGUCUGAUCAAGCCGGGGAGUAGACUCGGCGUCGUACCUAAAAUUAUCCGCAUGAACAACUUCAUUGAUAUUGUUCGGGUCGAAAUCUUCUCGACGUUCCUUCUAGAGGAAGAGGACGGGCAGCACAGAGCACUGCGCAGGUUCAGACAGAAAAGGGAAGAGAUUUUGGAGCAAAUUUGGGAUACCAGGAAGCUGACCCGAUUACCAACCGAUAACCCAGAUGAUAUUGAAUGGGAACUUCCAUAUGCACGUUACGCACUUCCAAUUGCACGUUACAAGAAGAAGUUACAGUUGAGCGAUUGGGGUAGGGACAAUGUGCAGUCUCUUGAAAAGCAAAACAAGCCUCCACUGCCGUCCACUGACAAGAGCCUCAGAUAUAAGAAAUCAACGCUUCGGAGUCCUCGCAGCCGGCUAAUAGUGUCCCUUGGGGCCACAGAUCAGUUUCUGCCAACCCCAAUUCCCACAGUUCCUAAGCAUUCGAGCAAACAGAUAAUUCUCAAGCAUUCAAUCCAACAGAUUCCUUCGGACUAUACCAACAAUAGUGACAAGAAUGCUCACAGCUCAGCAUCGACAACUUUCGUUAGGAUGAUCCGGGAGCUUGUUCGACCGAAAGUGCGUUCUGGCUAUAAGAGACUGGAGUGGACAUGUACCUGCGGAGAACCUCUCUACAGUGACUUCGAAGAAAAGACACAUAGCUCUCUUGAUCAACUUGCCGCCAGACUGAAACAACAGUCUGGCCAAAGCUCACAGCAUGGCGCUACUGCAUCGAUACCACAACCAAAGAAAGCGCACACGAGACAAGCCAACACGGUAGGGUAUAAUAUGCCCGGAGGAAGCAGCAGCACCUCCCAUAGUCAGAACAAUAUUGCAAGUAACGUUACACCGCCAUCAGGUCUUAAGACUGUCAAGACCUCCCCACCGACUGCUUUACAACUGUGCAUUGAAACAGGAAAGUACAAGCUUGAAAUGAGCGAGCUCACCCGCCCCAGUCCUGCCGUCAGCGAUGGCGAACUCUUCGCAAUGAUACGAGAGCAAUACGAAACAACUCGCCGCUCGAUAUUCCCAACGUGGGCCCGAUUCAAGAAGCCAAACAAAGCCAUCUUUGUAAAAUUCUUCCUUGGACCAAGACGGGCCGUUUCCCUCAACUACGAAACCCCCUCAAUACCACCAGCCACAGAAGUCAGGCAUAAUUACGAUUACGAUCCUUGCCCAAUGGAGAUGCCCCCCAUGGACAGCCAAGUCUUCUUUCACCACUUUUACGCUUCCAAAUCAAAACAUCCCGACGUGUUUUGGAGUGAACGGCUGCCAUGGAAAGUCGGACCUGCACUCAAACCUAAAGAUAAUGGCUGGGGCAUUCAUCUCGAAGAAAGCCCCAAUUGGGCGCUGUUCGCUAUGUUGAUGUGUCUGCUCUUGUCGCUAAGUGGUAUUAUCGCAGGGAUCUACGGGUGGAAAAUGGAAGAUGCGCAGACGGGGGUCGCGAUCGGAGCGUGGUUGACUAGUGUGCAGGUCAUGGGGAUCACAGCUGUGUUCUUUUGGUGGAGUUAA